AUGCCCAAUCUCAUUCAAAGAUUCUCUCUUCGGCAUUCUCUUCAACAACGUCAAUCGAUACAACAAGACAGAAGAAGAACCAUUCGGGGAAUUCCAUUCUUUCAUGAUUUUAAAAUUGCAAUUUUGGGAGCUGAAAGCGUUGGAAAGAGUUGCAUUGCUCAAAGAUGUGUUGGAAAGGAACAAGUUCCACUCGAUCACGAACCAACCAUCGAAGAUGAAUACGUGACCAAAGUGCAAUUUACAUUCCGAAUGCCAGCUCCACCUUCCCAAGAAUCUACUUCCAAUUUGACUUCUCUCUCAAAUAAUGGAGUUCCAAUUAAGGAAAAUCCAAAAGGUGACAUUUAUGGAUAUAAACAAAUGGCACAUGACUUGGAAAUUAUUCCUCAAGAAUUGAGAGAUUUUAUGAAAUUGGAUGAUACACUAUUAUCCAUUAAGCAACAAAAAGAUGAAUUGCAAGCAGAACAAGAAGAAAAGCAAAAACAAUCAAAAUCGAGAAAGUUUUCGUUUUUCAAAAAGAGAAAAGAUUCCACAACUGCGAGUCCUUCUGGAAAUUCUUCAAUCCAUCAUUCUCAUCUUACUGCAGCUCAUUCACCAACGAGUGCUUCUCCUAAUCAAGAUUUAAUGGAACAGUUACAUCAUGGAUCGAAUCAUCAUUUAGAAAUUUCACAUUCUCCUGGAAAGCAUGUGGGUACAGAAUUGAAUAAUCAUUCAGAAAAUGUGGACAUUGCUGCCGUUCAUCCCUUUCACAGCUUAAUUUCUGACAUUUCUUAUACAUUUGAACAAGAUGUCAUUUGUCGUGUGACCAUUGUCGAUACGAGUGGACAAUCUGUGACACGAAAACAAGUUUCUGACCUUUCUGGAAUGGAUGGUUUCAUGCUCGUGUUUGACAUGAAUGAUAAAUCGUCCUUUGCUCAACUUCAAAUUUUGAUUGAGGAAUGUAAGACAGCUUAUUUUAAAAAUGGUUCAGAAUUGGAUUCAAAUGGUGCUAGUUCGAGACGUGAUUCUGUGACAAGUGGCAUUUCCACGGAUACGACUGGAGCGAGUUCGACCUCGUCAAGUUAUGUGUUGCCUCCAGAUCCAACACUGUUUCCACCUGCAUUUCCACCCAUGGUUAUUGUUAUGAAUAAGAUUGAUGAACCUCUGUCACAUGCCAAAACUGUCAAUGCCGAAUAUGGUUAUACAUUGGGAGAGAGUUCUCAUUGUCCAUUCUAUGUGGUUAGUGCCAUUGAAAAUUGGAAUAUCCAAGAAAGUUUUGAAGCGUUAUUGAGUGAAAUUAUUAAGAGAAAUAUUGAAGAAGGAAAAUAUGAGAGUAACACUAGUCACAAGAAUGUCAUUUCAACGAGUACCACAUCGACCGCUCAAAUCUUUGUCAAUCCCAAUAUUAGUAUUUCUUCAGUAUCGACCAACACAACGACGAGUAAUAGUAGUAUUGGCAAUCAAGCACGCAAUUUUCAAUUACCUUCUCUUAGUGUUGGAGCUGGUAAUGACGCGCAACAAAACCUGUCAGAGGAGGAAUUUGGUGUCAUGCUAUCCUCUUCCAUCAUGAUGAAUAAUGCUCCACAGAAGCAGUUAGUUCGACAGAGCGUCUCAGCCACGUUGAGAAAAUAUGUGAAAAAACAAUUUAAAAAGAGUAACAAGUAG